AAUCAUUCAGUAAGAACCACUAUCAUGAAGUGCUGGAGGACAGAAAUAGACCUCAGUGCCUCCUGUGCGCUCCAGCCGAGUGAACAACCUACAGCCUGUCCCCAAAAACCUCACCAUGGUUAUUAAAGUGUUUCUGGCCUCUUCCUCAGGAUCGACGGCGAUCAAAAAGAAGCAGCAGGAUGUGCUUGGGUUUCUGGAAGCUCUAAAAAUUGAAUAUGCACAGCUUGAUAUUGCUUCAAAUGAAGAAAAUCGCAUGUGGAUGAGGGAGAAUGUACCUGGAGACAAGAAGCCCUCCAAUGGAAUCCCACUCCCACCUCAGAUCUUCAAUGAGGACAACUACUGUGGGGACUAUGACACAUUCUUUGAUGCUAAGGAGGACAACUCGGUUUAUGAAUUCCUGGGUUUGACCCCUCCACCUGGCUUCAAGAAAGAGGCAAUCGCAGAAGAAGAACAGAACGAAAAUACACCUGCGGGGACUUCGCCAGGGGAGGAGGGAGGAGAAGAGAUUAAAGAAGAUGUCGUAGCACAGGACGAGCCUUCAGAAGAGCCUAAAGUGGAAGAAGAAGAAGCAAAAGAAGAAGAAGAAGUGGAGGCAAAGGAAGACGAAGAAGGAGAAGACGCAAAGGAAGAAGAAGAAGAAGUAGUACAAGACAGUAAAAUGCCAUAUGCAGAGGAGGAAGACCAGGAAGGUGAAGUAGAAGCAGAAUAUGAACAGGGAGAAGAGGACUUGAUGUCUGAGGAGGAGGAAGAACUUCGACAGCUUGAGGAAGAAGAAGAGGCGCAAGCAUCAGAGGAGGGAGAAGAGGCUGAGGACUGAGGAUGGGACACUGAGGAUCAGGACAAUUAAGAUUUUUAGUUUCGCAAAUAUUGACUCCCACCCACCGUGACAGCCUCUGUUUGAAGACCAUGAAGAUGUUUAGCGCAGGACAUUUUCCACACAAUGGUCCUGGAGUGCGUGUUCACAUGGACACUUUCUGGAACUUAGACAUGAGCAUCAAGCCACCAAACUUGAAUGAAACUGCUGUUUCCCUUCCUCUUUAGCUACCUUUAGUCUUUUUUUUACUAUGAUGAAGGAGCUUUUGUAAUAUCUAAAGGUUUAAUGGUUUAGCAUAUGUGCUGUGGCAUUGCUCAUCUCAGUGCCAUAUUGCAUGUUUUAUGUUUAGAAGAAUUUAAUGCUGUUUUAGAAGAUAGUACUAAUAAUCUUGCAGUCUGUUAUAGUUCUAUACCAUAAUCAGUAGUGUGUAACUGCAACCCGGCGAGCCGAAAGUGUGAGGGCUGGAAGUAAACUGCUCUUUCAAAUCACUACUUGUGGCUUUAUAAUCAUGCAGUUAUGUAUAUAAGGUAAAAAAAAAAAAAAGUCAGUACAGCAUAACUUUAUGAAAGACAGCAUUAAUAGGAACAUUGAUAUUGUUGUAUCAUUUCUAUUCUAUCUUUCUAUCUAUCCUUCAUGAGGCUCGGUUUGCAGGGCUGCAGCUAGAUGUCACUAAUAAGGUCUAUUUUCCAGAAUAUCAAAAUGGUUAAGUUAUUCCUGAAUGUGCAGAAUAUCCAAAUGUUUUGUCCAAACCCAGUCUUAAUCUUUGUUUGGAAAAUACCCCCCACAAUAUUCUAUUAUGAACAGGGGCCUCUCUCUCUAUCUUCAUCUCCAUUUGAUCUGAGAUGUAGGUUCUGGCUGUAGGCUGCUGUAGUCAUGUAUGAACUAAAAAGCACUUUUGUUUAACAUGAUUUGCUGAAAAUAAGUGAAUGCCAUUAAAAUGUUGGUGGCAUAA